AUGACCGCGGCCAUGAAGAUUGAAAUUCUAAAGCGUCUUGCCCGGGGCCGCGGCACCUGUUCCGGUGAUUACCGGAUCAUGGAACGCGAGACGGCAAGGCUUUGCCCGGUGUGCAAAGCCAGGUAUGAUGCUAGAAAGACCCCAGCUGCUGCGGCGGCUGGGAGUGAGGAUGGCCAAGGUGGCGGGGUUGAGGGCAACAAUGCCCAGCAGUAA